AAGAGUCUUUAAAAAAGAUAAAAAAAAAGACCACCCAUGCCUCCUCCAUCAAAGACUAGAAGUGACUGCAGAGUUCCCUCUAACAGAGUCCCUCUCUCUCUCCUGGACUCUGCAGGAUGGGCUCUUCCAGUUGUGAAACAGCUGGAGUCGGGAGUCCCAGCUCACCCGGUGAGGACCCGGCGCUGCGCCUGCAGCAACCAGCUGGACUCUGAGUGCCACUACUUCUGUCACCUGGACAUCAUCUGGAUCAACACCCCCAGUAAAACGACACUUUAUGGUCUGGGUGGCUCGUUGCUGCGACGCAAACGCUCCACUGGACGCUGCACCUGUGCCAAAGCUGACGACCAGACCUGCAGGGGUUUCUGCAGCCUCCGCCCUGAAAUCCCAUCUGUGAAGAGUCCUGGAUCUGACGUCCUCAGCAUCCUGAGAGCUGYGGCCAAGAAGUCCCAGAAAGCCCUCGAAGCUCAGAGGUCGGACGGGGACCAGUCUCCCCAGGCUCAGAGGAAAAUCGCCUGAUGAGCCACGGAGCUGCUGAAGCAGUAAGAAGGAAAGAGAAACAGAAGGRGAGCAGCACGCGAGCACCUGAACAAAUGACACUCCUUUCCACGAGGAGGAGGGAAAACAAAAGGGCURCGAAGAGAUGCGUCCGAUCCAGGAAGGCCGCGAUGCCACAAGUAGCUCCAGGUUUUUUACCUGCAAAUACAAAGGUGGAGAAUGUGAUGAAAGCCUGCAGGCACAUGAUGGAAACAGGAGUGGUGGAUCACAGCUGACAGGAAAUACUACCAGGUUAUWUUUAACUCCGGCUGUGUGGAGUUCAGGAGCUGAAAGGACAACCUGGACAGCUCCGGUGGAAAGAGAAGCCUACUGUAAACACAAAUACUACGUUUUCUGACAUACAUCUAUUGUUUAAUCAAAAUGUUCUAUGUAUUUUAGAGAUAAUAUAUUACUUUUCACUUUGAAGUGGUUGAAAUGGUUUGAUUUUGUUUUGUUUCUGUUUGAAACGGUAUGCAAAAAGAAAUAAAAGUUACUAUUUA